AUGGGAAAACUCAAUGGAACAAGGCUCGGUGCCUUUCGAGCGUAUUUCUUUGGCUUCUUCAUCUGUACCGCGGGGUUUCUAUUUGGUUAUGAUACCGGCAUUGUCGGGGGUAUACUCGAGUUCGACUCGUACAGGAAUGAUUUUGGAUAUACCGAUCGGACCACCGUCAAUGCCGUCAUGGUCAGUCUGCAGAAUGUCGGGGCUUUCAUCGCGGCCUUGUGCAUCUUCCCGGUUUCCGAACGCUUCGGGCGCAAGAAGACCGUUCAGGUCGCGAUGACAAUCUUCUGUUGUGGCGUUGUCCUGCAGGUUGUCCCAUCGCAUUCUCUCGUGUGCUUCUAUAUUGGUCGAUUCGUGGCUGGUCUCGGUCUUGGAGCAGGUACAGCCGUAGUCCCGACUUACAAUGCUGAGAUGGCGCCCAAAGAGAUUCGGGGGAGGCUUGGUUCGGGGGUGCAACUCCUCUUUGCCCUGGGAGUGAUGAUCAGUUACUGGAUUGACUAUGCUGUGGAGCGUACAAUUCCUUCGACUUCUUCCUCUCAGUGGCAGAUUCCCGUCGGGCUGCAGUUGGUGCCGGCUUCGGUGCUUGCCAUGGGGUUAUUCACCCAGCCUGAAAGUGUUCGUUGGCUGGCAAAGAAGGGCCGCUUUGAUGAAGCCUGGAAGAGCUUGACUUGGAUGAGAGCAGAUGAUGGCGCCGCUGUCAAGGCCGAGUUCCAUGAGAUGCGUGUCGGCCUGGAAGAAGAGAUUCGCGCCAGCGAAGGGUUAAAGAAGCGCGAGCUGCUCGAGCCCGCCAACCGAUAUCGUCUGCUUCUCGGAUUCUUCAUGUUUUGCGGCCAACAGUGCACCGGAAUGACCGCACUCGCCUACUUUGGUCCACAAUUCUUCAAACUGAUCGUGGGCAAUGACAGCAGCCGGUCUUUGCUCAUCACUGGUCUCUUCGGUGCGGAGAAGUUCAUCACUGUCUUCACCUACAUUUUCUUCUUCUCAGAAUCCUGGGGACGCAAACCUACCCUGUGGAUUACGGCCUUGAUCAUGUCCGUCCUCUUCGUCAUCGUCACUAUCGUGAACAACACGACUCCCAAGCCGCAAUCGUCGCCGACGCCGGCUGGCAUUGCCACCGUCGCUUUGAUCUUCUUGACCAACUCCGUCUACCAAUUCGGGUGGGGCCCACUGCCAUGGCCAUACACCACAGAGAUCUUCCCCUCGCGUAUUCGUGAGAUCGGAUCCUCCCUUUCCGUUUGCUCACAGUGGCUCUUCAACUUCCUCUUCUCCCUGGUGACUCCGUACAUGCAGAAGUCCUGGGGUAGCUACAUCUUCUUGUUCUAUGCUUGUUUGGACCUCAUCAUGGCUGCACUGGUAUGGUUCUUCGUGAAAGAGACGAGGGGUAAGAGUCUCGAGGAAAUGGAGACUAUUUUCAACAGCAAAGCUGCGUUUGAUGUUGAGAUUGUGAGACACGAGGGCAUUGAACCAGACAACAUUGGGACGUUGGAGGUGCCACACAAGAAAGACUCUCGUUAA